AUGGCGUUGGACCAUGCUAUACUAACAGAAGAUGAACCCUCAGCCAUAACGGAUGAGAGCUCCGAAACUGAAAAGUCUCAACAUGAGACUUGGGAACGAUCUAACCGGUUGAGCCUGAAUCUUAUGAGGAUGACGAUGGCAGAAAAUUUUAAGCCAUCGAUGCCCAAGACAGAAAGUGCAAGGGAAUUCAUUGAGAAAAUUAAGGAGUGUUCACAAUCUGAAUUGGCUGAUAAGUCAAUUGUAGGAAGCUUAAUGAGUGAACUUACUACAAAGAAGUUUGACUGGUCACAGCCAAUUCAUGAUCAUGUGACAAACAUGUCUAACUUGGCGGCAAAGCUAACGACCUUGGGAAUGGAGGUUCAUGAGCAAUUUGUGGUCCAAUUUAUCAUGAACUCCCUACCUAUUGAAUUUAGCCAGUUCCAGGUGAAUUAUAACACCAUCAAAGAUAAAUGGGACUUUAAGGAAUUAAAAGCUAUGUUGGUUCAAGAGGAAGGGAGAUUAAAGAAGAUGAAUGGUCAAGUUGCGAAUCUCAUAGGUCAUGGAGGUGCUAGCUCCAGUAAAGGAAAAUCAAGUUCUGGAUCUAGGAAGAAUGGGGCACUUGGUCGAGGUAAGGAUCCCCCUAAAUCUCCCUUCUGGAGGUCAUCCUGA